CAGACAUUAAAUAAGUAGUCUUAUUUCGUCUGUAGAGCUGUUUGAACCUCCAUCGCUGGAACGUAAAUGUUUCAAAAACAACCUCUUAACAUGUCGCAGCAUGACGCAAAUGAGGUAUUCAGAGACCCCCUGCCAGCCGCGCAUUGCGCGAAAAGUAACGGCAACGGUUCAAGCUCUUACGAAGUGGUCAGCGCGGCUGCUCCUGGCCUCCAAUUCCAUUCGCCUCCCAUCUUUAAUACCGAUACCGGGUUUGAUCCAGCGAGGCAGCACUAUUCACAGGAUGAUCUCAUAAAUGAUAAUUUUCCUACCGAAUCCUGUCCAACACCGGCGCAAGUCUCAAAUGGAAAUACCAUGGACUCUCGCCCAAACAGAAAAUGCGAUUCUCUCAACUUUCUUCGCAGGAAACGCAAAGCGUCGGAGCUAAUCUCCAUUGACGAAGGAACUGAAAAUACUGAUAAACCAGUUGCCAACAGAUACUCAUUAAUACGUAUUGUACAUAUAUGUGUGAUUCUGGUGUUUGCAGCAAUAUCCGUCAUGUCUCUAGUGUUCGCCAUGAAGGUUCAGCAACAAAUUGAAGAUCUUCAGACAAAGUACGAUUCUUUGCACACGUUUCAAGCCCAGACUGAAAGAGAGCCCAACGUCUGUUUGCCCUGCAUAGAGGUGGAAAGAGGCCCUUCGCCAGAAGACACACCGGAAUUAAAGGAUUUGUUGAAAAGGGUUGAAAAUGGACAAGAGAUGUGUUGCAUUAAGACCAGAGCCCAAUAUGCUCUGUUGCUCAAUCUGUUUUGGCAAAGAAAGCACCUCGAAAAAUGUGCUCGUGAGGUGCUCCAGAACGAGAACCAACAACCCACUUCCUGCAAUAACACUACGUCCAAUGAUUCCAUCUCACUUCCGCCAACCCAGCCGCUUUAUGGCAACGUGUCCGCUCAUUUGCAAGCCGGGAGUCAACUGGGCAACUUAGAUGGUUAUAAACCUAUUCAAAACUGGCAGGUUGGUCAGGAUGCUCCCGGAACACAUCUUACCAACAUCAACAUGUCAUCUGACAAUAAAUCUCUAGUCAUUCCCUCCACUGGACGCUACUUCCUGUACAGUCAAGUAGGGUUUCUCAUUUAUUACAAGGACGGCGUCACAAAACAAGAGCCACGGUCUCUGUUCCAUUUCGUAUACCGUAGAAAUCACCUCUACGCGACAGACCAACAACUUUUGCGAAGUGAUCUCACACAGUGUUGGGGUGAGGACAAAGACUACGGAAGAUACACAAGCUACGUCGGGGCGUCCGUUAUGUUGAACAAAGGAGACAACAUAUACGUUAAAGUUACGCAAAUCGAGCUUUUGUCAAGAGGUGAAAGAAGUUUAACAUACUUCGGUCUCUUCAAAAUGGGCUGAACCUGAUUAUACUUCGCGUGUAGAUACUUUAUUAAACGUCUUUCAAACCAAAAGGCAGCAUUUCCCGCCAUGCAUUUGUCCAAAAUGCCACCAUUUACGUAAGUUUUUCAGGAUCGUUUGUAGCACACCCCUCCAUCCCACAAUGCCUCUCUAUGAAGAGCAUGGUGGGUGGGGGGUAGGGGGUCUGUCCAGCACGUACCCCAUUGAAAAGCACGGUGUCUCAAAUACUGCAUACACAAGGCGAAACUUCAAUCAACGGUUACUUCCCCUUGCUGUAUCGUUUCUGCUCUUCUAUCACUGUGUAGGAAAUUUGCCACUACAUUUACUACCCCUUGCAGAAUCUUCUCUGCUAGUCAAGGGAGGUCACUACCUAGGAGAUUCAUAUAUAUGAUGCCUUCUGAACUAACAACAAACAGUGCCAUUCCCAGCGUGCCAGCAUUGUGUGAAGAAAAACAAACUCAUCACGCGAGUUCAUUAUUAAAGCACAAAUUAUAAUGAUCUUGCUUUUGGGAAACUUCCAGUCAUCUUAAGGCAAUAUGCUUUAGCUUAUAUACUCAUCUGCCUCGGGACCUAGGGCAAAAAGGUUUUUAGGGUCAAUACUUUUGCUUUGUUUUUAGCGCUUAUUAGCACAUAUGACAGUCAUAUAGUUGUUUGUUACCUAGGUUCAAAUGAGUUUUGAAUUGUCUCUGGUAUAACCAGAAUAUUUUCUGUUAUAUUUUUUUAAAUAUCAUGAAUACUAUAUACUGUAAAUGUAAUAUGUUCAGGUGUGAUUUCUGGGGGUUGAAUUGUGUUAUGGCCACCAUUGCUGACAAUGAUGCAGUGAAAACAUAACAGAAGAAUAGAAGUUAAAUUCCAUUAUUUUGUAAACACUUUUGCUGUUAUCUUUGUUGUACUAUGCAAAUUUAAUCAAUUCAAUUUUGCCGACCCACAAGUCGUUCGAAAUCUAUGUACAUGCUGUAGCGAGGGGCGAAAGCAAGAAGGUUUUAAGCGACAUUAACUCAACAACAAGAUAGAACCUUUAUGCUUUCACUUAUGCAAUAUCCAAAUGAAAUAUUUCAUUGCUCAUAAAAGGAACCUCAGAUCUCAAACAUAAGAAUGCUUGCAGGGAAUAUGGGACAUGUUAUAUAUGAAGUUUGAUAGCAAUGACUGUCUGUAUGUUUGUCCAGCUGUUUAAUCAUACAUUGUGUAUUAGCAAACAUAUUCAUGGUUGUGAGAUUUGCAUUUCGAUUUUGGUUGUGCUAUACAGAACAUUUUUCGUUGAAAUUCAGAAAUCAUAAAAUGAUCUUGUUGACAAAAUACUAUGCAAAAUAAAAUAUUAACAUGUUC